CCUAGCAGCAGCCUACCAGCACGUAUCAUAUGUACAUACUACAUACUACAUACUACUAGCUAGUGUCUAUACUACUAGUAGUACAUAAAGCUCUAAGCUCCGCAAGCCGAGUGUCCUCAGGCUGUUGUACAUACAAAAACUUUGAAUUCAAACUUUAGAGUUCGGACGGAUCCAACGACAUAAAAAAAAGGGGGUAGGAUACCCUGGGCAGAUUGAAACUCAAUCAUUUACUAACAUUGGAAAGAGAAGGAGAAGAAGAAGAGUCAGUGCAAGUCAAUUUCAGUCAAGUCACUGACUCAAGUUCUUACUUACCGGUACCCAAAAAAAAAGAUUAAAAAGAAAUAAAAAGAAAAUAGAAAAAUGGAAUUACUAGAUCCGGCCACCGGCCGAACUCUACCAUCUGACGCCAUUCAAAGAGUUCUCUUCGUAGCGAGCCCCGUGCACGUCUACAACAUCCCGCCCAUGGUCCCCGGAAAGGGCCAUGUCGCCGCCGGCUGGACCGCCGAGGACAGCAACCGGCAAAUCUUCACCGCGCGCCUGCGCGUCAUCGAGACCGCCGUCCCGGUGGCCGGCAUCAACAGCAACAGCAACAGCGGUGAGGAGGAGCAGGAUGAGGAGGAGGAAAAGGUGAAGGCCGACAUCGUGCUCGAGGACGCCUCCAACGGCCAGCUCUUCGCCGCCGCGCCGUACACCGCCUCGGCCGUCGUCGAGUCCGUCGCCGACAGCUCGCGCUUCUUCGCCCUGCGCGUCCAGGACGAGGCCGGCCGCAAGGCCACCCUCGGCAUCGGCUUCGAGGAGCGCAGCGAGGCCUUCGACUUCGGCGUCUCCCUGCAGGAGGCCCAGAAGACCCUCGACUGGGCCGUCAGCCACCAGAACGCCGCUGGUGCUGGUCAGGUUGGCAAGAAGUCCACUCUCGAGCGCAAGGACAGCGCCGAGAAGCGCGAUCUCAGCCUGAAGGAGGGCGAGACGAUCACCAUCAACCUGCCCGGCAGGUUCGGCAGAAGAAAGCCGGACCCGCCGCCCGCGUACGAGUCCAAUGAGAUCCUCUCCUCCUUCUCCCUACCCCCUCCCCCCGCUCCAUCGUCAUCGCCUCGCGGUGCCGGCAUACUCCCUCCGCCGCCGAGUGCUCAGAGCGUCCGGCAAAAGCGACUGUCCGCACAGGAGUUGGGUUUCGACGAUGGGAAGUUUGGGGAAUUUGCUUGAAAUGCAUGCAUGCACACGUGGUCUGGUCUUGAGUUCUGGUUUUUUGGUUGGUUUUUUUUUUUUUUUAUGAUUGUUAAGGUUGCUUUGCUUGCUUGUUCCUAGAUUCUACUACAGCUUUGCGCACCACGG